AUGAGCGGUAAAGCGAGCAAGCGCAAGGCCGCUACUGAUGCAUCGCCGCAAGCCAAACGCUCAAACAACAAGAACAACACUGACGAUGACAUCGAAUCCACUUCUACGUUAUCCUACUUGGGACCUCCAGGCUCUCACUCCCACGCUGCAGCCAUGUCACUGCCUAAAACGUCACCCACAUCAACCGAAUUCAAACUAGUCCAGGCAGACACGAUAGCCUCUGUAUUUGAAAACCUCGUAUCCGGCAAAACACAGUAUGCGCUUGUGCCAUGGGAGAACUCUCGCUCUGGAUCGGUCACUCAGGCUUUAGAUGCUUUUAAAAAGUUUGUUGGUGUUGCAAGGAGUGGUGAUGAUGCAAGCAAUGGUAGUAGUGAAGGCAGGAUACAGAUUGUGAACGAUUUGUACCAUGUGGUGCACCAGUCUGUGCUAGGAGUUCCGAAUCCUGAUGGAGAUUGGAAGAGCACAAUCACAAACAUCUACUCACAUCCAGAAGCGCUAUCCCAAGUCAAAAUGUACUUGGACGAAUGCUUCCUCCCCAGCAACACCCACAGCAAAACAACCACCAGUCCACCAUCACGAGUACCCGUCUCAUCAACAUCGCACGCCGCUCAACUAGCAGCCAACUCGCCACAUACAAGUAUAGCGAUAUGCUCAACCGUAUGUGCAGAACUGUAUAAUCUAAAAGUGCUGCAGGAGAAUGUGGAAGACGCUAAUGAUAACACGACUCGAUUCUUGCUUGUGACGAGGUCGAGUGCUAGUAAUAGUAAUGCAGACACACAAGCUAGCAGUAGUGCAACGGCAGCACCGACAUUAAAGAUCAAGACACAUUUAAUGAUGACGUUGAAACAGGAUGAAAAUAUAGCAACAGUGUGCUGCAAAUUGGGGAAGGGUAAAGACAUCAUGGUGACAAAGAUAGAUUCAAGGCCUUCUGGGCUUGAGAACUGGAAUUAUACGUAUUAUAUUGAAAUCAUAUCACCAUCACCUUUAAAACUUGCCACAGAAGUUAAAAGCAUGUGCUCGUCAUUGCAUGUACUCGGAUCAUAUCAAAUGAAAUAA